GGUUUGGAGCUUAGCCCAGUGGAGCAGAGGCAUAGAAAGCCUACAACGGUAGACUAGAAAGGAAGAGAAGAAAGAUCGAGAAAGAAAAACAAGAAAUGUCGUCUGCUUCUUUCUCUGCAACUGCACAAACUACUCCUUCCCUCUUCUCCAUCGGCAUUAAGAACCCUCAUCUACAUCCUCAAGCUCUGGUUGUACCUCCACGUUCUGGUUCUUCUUGUUAUGGGGCAUCGCUCAGCUACAGCUAUAAUCCGUUAAGAUCUUUUAUUGAGUGCAAUGGAAGGAUAGUGAAGUCAAGGAGAAGAAGAGGGUCCACUGCGGUUUGCUAUGCUGCUCCUCUCACUGCUCGCAAUCUCCAGUUGAUCUCGACUAUUUCUUCUGUGGUUUUAAUACUGGCUAAAGGCACUGGCGUGCAGAAAUCAUUCGUUGUUCCAUUAUUUGUCUUGCAAGCUCCUGCAAGUAUCGUUGCUUGGAUGCAGGGUAAAUAUGGUCUAUGGUCCGCAUUCCUAGCACUCCUGGUUCGUCUCUUCUUUUAUAUACCCGGUGAACUUGAGUUGCCUUUUGUGGCAUUGCUCUUGGUAAUCGUGGCUCCAUAUGAAGUUAUGAAAUUGAGGGGAACACAAGAAGGAGCUAUAAUUUCAUUGUUGAUUGCGGGUUAUUUGGCUUUCCAGCAUUUUUCAAGAGCAAGCUUGCAGAAAGCAUUUGACCAAGAUAAACACUCCAGAGAGAGGGAACGUAUAGAAUCAUUACCAGCAGCACAAACUGUUAUCUGUUAUAUUUAAAUUUUCGGUUUCUCCGUGCAAGUUUUCAUUAUUGGCAGUGAGGAGCGAAGCCCAGAGGCUGUACAUGGUGAACAUCAGCGGCAAUGAAUAAGAGGGAGAUGUGGCUAAGCUGGGGCUUUGUGUUGGUUCUGAGCCAUAGAUUGUUGAUCCACGAGGUAUUGUCAAACUUGGAGGAGUUGUAGUCAUUGGACUUGAUUGAUUCAGUGGGCUUUGAUUUGUUGGUGGACUCGUGCUGCAUGCACGAUAUACGUUAGGAUGUGGAGUACAGUGAUCUAUCUUCAUUUGUAUAGCAUUAUAAUAUGAACAAGAUAAUGUGGCUAAGAAUUCUCACCUUUGUGAUUUGGGUGAUGCAUAGCGGCAGUUCCCAGUACCUGCAAUAAUGUCAAUAAUGUUAUUUUGUAGUUCAAGAUAGUGAAGCUCAAAUAACAAUCAUGAUCUUGGAUGUUUUA